CGAUAGCAGCGGGGGAAGGGCAAUCCUCGAGCCAACCCCUCAGUCCCGGGAGAGCGAAAUUACUUCCGGGGUGGUACCAAGAGGCCGUAGCCGCGGAAGUGACGUAAGCGCGCGCCGGUGGUGUGAUGGAGCCCCAGCAGCCGCACCAGCAGCUGAGGAAUUUGCGGGACUUCCUGUUGGUCUACAAUCGGAUGACGGAACUCUGUUUCCAGCGCUGCGUGCCCAGCCUGCUCCACCGAGCUCUGGAUGCUGAGGAGGAGGCCUGUCUGCAUAGCUGUGCUGGGAAGCUGAUCCAUUCCAACCACCGCCUCAUGGCCGCUUACGUGCAGCUCAUGCCUGCCCUGGUACACCGCCGCAUCGCAGAUUACGAGGCUGCCUCCGCCGGGCCAGGUGUUACUGCUGAACAGACUGGAACUUCGGCACCAGGCAGCUAGCCAUACCCAGCCCCAGGAAGGGAGGCCCCGGAUGGACCCUCAGAUUGAAGGAGCCCGGGGACCUUGAGCUGCGUGCAGCCUGUAGAAAGUAAGGGUUGCUUGAGAGCAGGGUACUGUUGCUCCUUUUUCUGGAGCCAUUAAAACCCGCUUUUAUUCAGUUUGGUGUAUAUUCUGGGCAGGGAAGCUUUGCCCAUCUUACUGGCUCUAUCCUUUAUUCUGUCAUUUAGUGCAUUUCCUGGCUUUAAUCCUGACAGUGGAGAAAUUGCCUUAUAUGUGUAAAAGGAACACCUCAACACUCCUAGGCAACUGAUUAAAGCAAGGUCGGUGGGUACAGUUUUAAGUUUGGUAAUAGCAACAGGAAGUUGUUUCCUGCCUAGAUGACAGAGAAAAUGGGGGCUCUGUCUAGCUGUCCUUUACUUAAAUCUGACUUAUGUAGCUCACUUGUGAGCCAGGUAUGCUUUCAUUCAUAAGUAUUUUUUCAUGGACUGUGUUUUACAAGAAGGAGGUUCUGUCGUUUAAGGAAAGUAGGAGAUACCUACAGCAGAUCAAGAAAUCACAGGGCUUUUUGACGCCAUUUCCUGGAAAAUCAGUAGUUCCAAACAGAGAUGAAACCUGUAGGAAUUCUGGGAUACUCUGGAACUUCAACCAUUUCCCCAAGUUGUUACUCUCUUACUAUUUUCUGUCUUCCCAGGAUAAGCAGUAAAUUCUUUAAAAAAAUAAAGUAUGUGUGCUUGUUUCAGGGACAGUUGGGAAAAAUUUGGGGUCCAUAUUCUGCAGUAGUCAGACUUGAGGGAGAGAAACCAAAGGGAGCAGUAGAUGGUGAUGAUUAUGGAAAACAGGUAUCAGGCAAAAUCUUUGGACUUCUAUAAUGUUACUCUUGAUGUCUCACUGCUUGUCUAUAACCUUCUAAUUCCAGCUUUUUCAUUCUCUACCCCACAUUAUUCCCACUGAGCCUGUUUUGUUAUUUCUAAUUCCAGUCCAUUCUUUCUCCAUUUUUGCAUCUUAUUUACUGAUCAUAUUCCUUCUGCUUUGUUUAUUGAACCAUUCCUUUACUACCGUUCUUCGGUUUUAUUGGAGCUUUCAGGCCAUUGCUUCUAUCUUCUCUCUAUUAGCACCUUCCUGUCAAGAUUCCUAUCCAGCUUAAAUUCUAAUCAUUAUCUUGGAAUAGGCUAAAUUUCCUUGUCUCAUCUCUUGGUUAGACUCUUAGAUAAAAUGAAACAUUUGUGCCUACAUCUGGACAGUUAAAAGCCACCCAAAGAAAUUAUUAUGGAGUAGGUUUAUAUUUUAUGAAUCCAUGGUUACCAACUUCAAAUAGAGUCUCAGCCCUUGUAGUCACACUAGAUUUUUCUGGUAGUCCUUCCUGUUCCCUGCAAUGAGUAUUUCAAACCAAUAUUCUCAAGCUUUUUAUUACCCCACCAUUCUCUUCACUUUUUGCAGGUGACCUUAUUUCUUCAUAGGCAAAAGUAGAAGCUACCAGUUGGGAGCUUCCAUAAUACUUCACAGCCAGACUUGGUAACCCAUCUACAUAUGCAUCAUUUUCUCCUCUUUCCCUCCUGCCUAAACACGGCAAGCAUCCCUCUGGGGUCAGUGUCUUCCUGUGCUCUCAGUUCUUCUAGUCCUUCCUUAUUUGUAAAUUUCUGACAUUUGCCCAACUUUAAAUUUUUACCAGUGUUUUAAAAAUGCUAAAGGCUCCCCUGUUAGGAUAAACCACUCUACCUCAUUUCCCCUCCAGCUGCCAUCCUAUUUUUUUUUCCACAGCUGAACUUCUCAAAAUAGCUGGAUACUUUGGCCCUCUCCAUUCCCAUUCCUCCACCCAGUCUGUUUUGACUUCUACAACCUUUACAUUUGUAAAAGUUUGACUUCUAAAAACAUCACGUCUCCUAUUGAAAUAGUUUGUACAGCAGUCGCCCUAGUUCACCAGGUGAUUUUCAUAUCCCUGAAUACAGUGGUUAAUUCCUAGUCAGCUUACUUCACUUCUCAGUAGCAUCUGAUGCCUUUGACUAUUUCCUCAUCAUAGACAGUCUUUCACUGUUGCCUGUGAUUCCACAUAGAUUUUACUACUAAUACUUUGAUUGAACCUUCUUAGCCUCCUUCGCAUACUCACAUGCCUCCAUCCUUUAAAUCUCAAAGUUUCUCUGGGUCCUGUGUUUCUUGGUCUAAUUUUCCUAGGAUUGUUUUGUCCCCACUUUGAGCUUUACUUACUGAUGACUCCCAGGUCUUUCCACUGAGCUACAUGACUGAUAUUCCACUUAUGUGUCUCAAAAACAUCUCCAACUCAACAUAUUUCUUCAUAAACUUUCCUCCUGUGCCUAUUGGCAUGCAGUUGGAGAAGCUAGAAACCUCACUUAUCCCUUCAUUCAGUUGUCAAAUCCUAUCAGUUUACAUUUCUAAAUACCCUGUGGUUCUGUCUGCUUCUCUCCAUCUUCAUAGUCUUCCACCAGGAUUAUUGCAGUUGUUGCUUUACCCUAUAUCUACGUUUGUACCCCUCCAAUCUGUUCUCCAUUCACCUGCCAGAAAACAAACUGGUGCCUAAAACCACUAGAUUCCCAUUCUUACUAGGAUAAAAACUGACAUCCUACACAUAACCUAUAAGGUCCCUGCCUACCUCAGCUUUAUCUUACCAGUGACUGUCAAAUACUGAACUGUAAGUACUGUUUGUUGGAUUGAAUUGGAUUGAACCACACCUUACUCACUCCCUCUGUGCUCUAACCAAACUUGUCUUUCGGCUCCUCUAACUUACCAUACACUAUGCCAUGUUGGGGCCUUUGCACCUGUUUCUUGGCUUGCAUGCUUUUACCUCAUUCUUGAGUACUUAUUUCAAAUACUAUUUCCUCAACUCUUCCCAGACUCCAGCUCCCAUAAUUUCCCAUAUUUUUGGCACUUAUAACAGUUGGUCAUUAUAUACCUAAUGAGGUCAGAGUCCAUGUCUGUAUUGUUCACUGUGUCCUUAUCACAGAGUUGUCUGGCAUAUAAUAUGUGCUUGAUAAAUAUCUGUUGAAUGAACAUUUUUCAGUCUCCUCCCGGCUCAAUCUACUAUUUACAUAAUAAGGGAAAGACUUUAUAUCGAAAAGACAAGUGAAUCUGUGUUCAACCUUUUGCCAAUGAUUUAGAAGUCUUUUCAUUUAAAAUAUCACUAUUUGAUGUCUUCUGCCAUUAAUAUUCACAGAUCAGACAAUACCUGGAAGCUUCCAUUUGGAGCAAAUCAUUCUCUGUUAUUCUAGUUUCCACCCAAUUUCUAACUACUGUAGUUCUGCUUAAAUAAUUAUUGAGCCCUUUCUUUUCUCUCCACCGUUGUCACCAACUUAAUCAAAUUUUCAUCAGCUCUUAUAAAUAUUACAGCAGUAGUCACCUAGCAGCUUCUUUCUUGAAUCUGGAUGACUCUUUAGUUAGAAUUUAGCUAAGGUCCAUGUAACAGAGACUCAAAAUAACAGUGGCUUGCAAACUUCUUUUUCAAGUAAAAAUCUAGUCAAAAAUUGGUGUGGUGUCAUCACAGUCAUCUGAAAACCAAACUGUUGAACAGCUUCUGUGUGCUGUGUCUAGGUUAUGAUCUUCAUCCUUGUCACCAAAGAUGGAGCUUUAUUCAUCACGUAGACAUUCCACCAAGGGGCAAACUUUGGCAGGGAGUGGCAAUGAAGGGGAUAGGGCAUACAUACCUUCUUCCCGUUAAGGACACAUCCUGGAAGUUGCACAUCAGAAAUUGGUCAUGUGGUCAGAUCCUAUUACAAAGGAGGCUGGGAAAUGUCAUUUUUAUUCUUACCAGUUAAAAAUUGAGGGCUGUGUUAACUAAGGAAGAAGAGGGGAAUGGCUAUUGGGAGACACCUGCAAAUCCAUUUUCUGUACUAGCCAAGAUAUUCAUGUAAAACAAAUUUAACCAUGGUAUUCAUCUACUUAACACCUUCUAAUACUUCAGACUCUGUAGCAAUGCAACUGAGGCUUUCUCUGAUUAUGUCGCAGAUGACCUCUGGCUUCAUUAACUGCCUUUCCUCAGUUUUUGAUUCUCUUAUUAUUCUUGGUUAUAAAGGUUCAUUUCUUUAGUGGUGUUCAGACACAUCAUAGUAAUUCCGGAUUCUGUUUUGCUUUUUCUGGGUAUGCCCGAUAUUCACACAUAUAUUCACAUAUUUUACAAAUACUUGAGUGGCUACUUUUACCAAAACUGUUAGACCCUGCAGAUAAAGAGGUAAAUGAGAGAGAUGGCAAUCCUUGUUCUCUUGAAACUUAACAUAGGUAUGGUGAAAGUCAAUAUAGAACAAGUAAUGACAACUGUGAUGAAUCUUAUAAAGAAGAAAUAUGUGUUGUGAUGGGAGCAUACAGUAGCACUAACCUGCCUGUAUGGGCGUGAAGGAGAGCUUCCCCGAGGAAGUGAUUUUGAAGCUGAUAUCUGAAGGAUGGAUUAUAAUUAGCCAGGCAAAAGACUCUGUUCCUUCAUGUCUUUGCCCAGAUGUCACCUUUCCAUUAAGGCUUACUGUGAUUACCCUGUUUAAAAUUGUAGCCUAUCUUCUGAGACAUUCCUGGUCCCCUUUUUCCUGCUUUUUUUUUUUUUGUGGAUCAAGAUUCUAAUAAAAUUUGUUGUAUAUAC